AUGCCACCUCGCAAGUCCAAGAAAGGCAAGCAGCCUGCUACUCCCAGUAGUGGAAGGGUUGAGAAGUCGCAAAAGUCCAAGACUCAGAAGAAGACAAAGUUGAGCGAUAUCGCGCAAGAGGUUCAGGCUGCAGGAGAGAGCAUAAAGGGUGGAUUGACAAAAUUCAAGACUAGUCCAUCCUCUCAGUCUGUCUCUAGCGCAGAAAAUAGAGAUAAGGCCCUUGAUCUUGACACGUCUUAUGUUGGAAAGGUCAAAAUUCCAAAAAAGGCCCCAAAGCCCCCACGUCACCGUAGAUGGAAACACAAGGGAAAGGAGUCUUUAGAGAACCCGGCAGAACUUCCCGAUGAUUGGACUGACAGUGAGCCCGAUUUAAGUGAUGAUGAUUAUGAUGCUCAGAUUGCGCGCUGUCAGGAGAGAAUCAAGGACAAUAUCAUGGUCUCGCGGUUUGAAGCAAGGCUGGAAGCUUUGGAGGUGGAUAAAGCUGAGAAGGAAUUUUGGGUUGACUCGGAGCCUUACGGGCUUAGCUGGCCCGUUAUCCAACGCCUAAAUUCCCUCAAGCAGAUGGAACAAGACCUGACCAAGAACGACCAGUAUAAACAGCUGGAAACCGUGCGAGCUAUCAUGCGGGCAUAUCGAUAUAAGUAUCUUCAGUGGAAUCAUGGCUUGGUCACGUACUGGGUCAAAGAUCGUCAGCUUUGCCAGCCGCGUCCAUUCAGGGAACCGAAACCGGGUCCAGAACCUCUGGCAGUUAAGAUGUCGUUGCCCCCAGAUUCCGUGAAUAUGCACUAUAAAAAAUUCACAUUGCGAUUACCGUCACCCGACGGUGGCACUCAGAUCACUAGCACUCUCAAUAUGAUGGAAGAUAGUGGUGCCUCGAUUGCCACACUUUAUGAAGAUGAUGUCAAGAAUAUGAUGUAUCCCCGGCCUCAUUAUGUGCCUGUGGAGAUGGUAAUUGGAAGAAGUAUCGUGACAACCUCAAAUGGACAAAUAAACCAACCAUUGAUCAAGGUUGAAAUCUGCUUGCCUCAUGAGGGCGAAGUUUUAAUACCUUGGACCCCCAUACAGGUCUUGUUGAUGCAAGGCAGACUCAGUUCAAAAACUGCCGACCGGCUCUUGGGCCCGGUUCUGCGGCGUAUGGCAUACACUGCCACCGCCCCAGAUAAUAGAGAUCGAAUUUUCAUUGCCAACAAUCGGAAGGAUUUGUUAGAUUUGCUCCCAGAAGCAGAUAUAUCCAAGGCAUAUGUGCCGGAAAUACCUGUAGAUUAUGCUCAAGAGCCAGGUCAUCCAGUUUUCUACUGA